CCCUGCAAGAUGUCCUGCUACGACCUGUGUUCCACCGCUGGCUCCGGCGUCCUGCGGCCCCAGCCCCUGGCUGACAGCGGCAACGAGCCGUGCGUCCGCCAGUGCCCCGACUCCACCACCGUGAUCCAGCCUCCCGCCGUGGUGGUCACCUUCCCCGGCCCCAUCCUCAGCUCCUUCCCGCAGGAUUCCGUGGUGGGAUCGGCUGGAGCGCCCGUCCUUGCCGCCUCUGGGGGCUCCCUGGGCUAUGGGGGCUACGGGUCCCUGGGCUACGGGGGAUUUGGCUAUGGGGGCUACGGAGGAUUUGGAUCCCUGGGCUAUGGGGGAUUUGGCUAUGGGGGCUAUGGGGGAUUUGGCUAUGGGGGUUAUGGAGGUCUCUGUGGGUAUGGGGGCUCCUCCCUGGGCUAUGGGGGUCUGGGCUCCUGUGGGGGGUACCGGGGCCUGUAUGGCUCUGGGAGAUCCUUUGGCUCUGGCUAUUGCAGCCCUUGGUCCUCCCGCUACAGCCGCUACGGCCGCGGCACUUCUGCCCUCAACUCCGCAAAUGGCACUGUUGGAUCCUCUCCUGAGCUCCUGAGGAAGGGGCACAGCAUCAGACUUCACUUCUGA